GACUCGAUCAGCGAGGAAGAACGAAGCUUGUUCUGACCCUUUACACGAUAGUCAUUGGCCGCUAUCGAAGCCCGCAUAGCUGAGGAACACGCCAAGCAAAAGGAACUCGAGAAAAAAUGAGCGGAAGGCGAGGUGCGGUACGAUGACGAAGAUGAGGACGAGGGCCCUCAGCCGGACGCGACUCUCGAGCAGGGUCUCCCGCUGCCGGUCCGAAUGCAAGGCUCCUUCCCGCUGGAGCUCGCCUCCACACCCCUCGAGGACAUAGACCCUUUCUAUCAUAACCAGACAGCAGGUCAGGCGACUUGGGCGCUAUUGACAAUGUCUCAGGACUUGGGCUCAACCGGGCACGAUGCACGAAGCUUGUUCCGGCCCUUCACACGAGAGUCUUUGGCUACCAUCGAAGCUCAAAGAGCUGACGGUCAUGCCAAACAAAAACGCAAGAAAAAAGGACUUGAAGGCGAAGUACGUGACGAGGGCCCUCAGCCGGACGCGACUCUCGAGCAGGGUCUCCCUCUGCCGGUUCGAAUGCAAGGCUCCUUCCCGCUGGAGCUCGCCUCCACACCCCUCGAGGACAUAGACUCUUUCUAUCAUAACCAGAGGACUUUCAUGGUUAUAGACAAGCGUAAAUAUAUCUACAGAUUUUCGGCAACCAAAGCUCUGUGGCUAUUAGGCCCAUUCAACCCGAUUAGAAGAGCCGCGAUAAACAUUUUAUUCCAACCUUUGUUUUCAUUAUUGAUUAUUUGCACAAUAUUAGUCAACUGCAUUUUUAUGAUAUUGCCUUUGACACCGACUAUCGAAAGUACGGAAAUUCUCUUCACCGGGAUCUACACUUUAGAAUUCGUGGUGAAAGUAGUAGCCAGGGGUUUCAUACUCAAUCAAUUCACGUACCUCAGAGAUCCAUGGAAUUGGCUCGACUUCAUCUUAUUAAUUCUGGCUUAUUUAACGUUCGGCAUAGAUAUCGAGAACUUAGCCGUGCUCCGAGCGCUAAGAGUAUUCCGAGCCUUGAAGACUGUUGCCAUAGCACCAGGUUUGAGGACCAUUGCUGAUGCCGUAAUAAAAUCAAUAAAAAAUCUACACGAUGUGAUCAUUCUUAUAAUCUUUUCGCUAUCUGUGUUCGCACUGAUAGGCCUACAAUUGUAUAUGGGGGUACUGACCCAGAAAUGCAUCAAAAUCUUCCCUCAGGAUGGCACCUGGGGUAACCUAACUGAUGAAAGCUGGGAACUGUUCACACAGAAUGAAACGAACUGGUAUGAAGAAGAUGGCAUAUAUCCUUUAUGUGGGAAUUCAACAGGUGCAGGCAUAUGUGAAUCGGGAUAUGUCUGCCUUCAAGGAUACGGUUCAAACCCUAACUACGGAUACACGAAUUUUGAUACAUUCAGUUGGGCAUUCCUGUCAGCUUUCCAAUUAAUGACGCAGGAUUACUGGGAGAACCUUUACAAAUUGGUACUUAGGGCUACGGGGCCAUGGCACAUCUUUUUCUUCAUGGUGACAAUCAUAUUAGGAUCAUUUUAUCUCUUAAACUUAAUACUAGCCAUUGUCGUUAAGUCAUACGACAAGUUGCAAAAGAAAGCCGAAGAAGAGAAACAGGCGAAGAAAGCUCUUAUGGAAAAUAACAGAUCUCAAACUGCGGCAGAGGUGACCGAAGAAAAUGCGGAAGAUAACGAAGAACAGCCAACUACGUGCAAGAAUUGUUGUAUGAAAGGAAUAGACUUCUGUUGUGUAUGGGACUGCUGCUGGUUGUGGGUCAAAUUCCAAAAGUGCCUUGGUUUGUUGGUAUUCGAUCCGUUCUUCGAACUCUUUAUCAUUUUGUGUCUCGUCUUGAACACUUUAUUCAUGGCUUUGGACCAUCACGACAUGGACAGAGAUAUGGAGAGGAUACUCAGAACUGGUAACUAUUUCUUCAUUACAAUAUUUGGUAUCGAAGCGGUGCUCAAGAUAACAGCUAUGAGUCCAAAAUAUUAUUUCCGAGAAAAAUGGAACAUUUUUGACUUUACAAUCGUAAUGUUAUCGCUUUUGGAGUUAGCUUUGGAAGGUGUUCAUGGAUUGUCAAUAUUACGUUCCCUGCGUUUGCUUCGAGUCUUCAGAUUAGUAAAAUCAUGGCCGACAUUCAAUUUAGUCAUGUCUAUAGUGGGUAAGACUACGGGCGCCUUAAUUAACCUGACAUUUGUAUUAUGCAUCAUUAUCUUCAUAUUUGCCGUGAUGGGUAUGCAACUGUUCGGGAAAAAUUACGUAGACAACGUCGACCGGUUUCCGGAGGGAGACUUACCAAGAUGGAAUUUCACGGACUUCAUGCACAGUUUCAUGAUGGUGUUCAGAGUACUCUGCGGAGAAUGGAUUGAGAGUAUGUGGGAUUGUAUGCUGGUUGGAGAUAUAACCUGUGUACCGUUCUUCGUAGCUGCCGUCGUUAUUACCAACCUCGUGCUCUUAAACCUUUUCUUGGCGUUGCUGCUCUCUAACUUCAGUCUAUCAGCCCCCAUUGCUGACCAGAAUACGAGUAAAUUGGCCGAAGCCUUUAAUCGGAUUUCAAAUUUCAUACUUUGGAUAAAGCAAUGCGUUGUCAAUCUCAUAUGCGCAAGCGGUAGAAAUAAACGUGAGAAAGAAAAUACAGCAACAAAAUACGAUAUAAACACUGACAAAAACAAAGAUAAACAGAUGGAUUGCGAACUUACACAUUACGAAUAUCCUACACAGGUUGACGACUCGGUCAGCCCAACAUCGUACGAAAGCCACAAAGAAUCAGCCGCUAAGAAACACGGAGAAAAGAAAAAAGACAACAAUAAAGAAAACACACCUGCAGAUUGUUGUCCGGUCCUAUGGUAUCGUUGUUUUCCUUCCCUUGCUGGUGACGACAAUUCCACAUUUUGGCAAAGAUGGGGCACUCUUCGAUUAAAGACAUUCAAAAUUGUCGAAAAUAAAUACUUCGAAGGAGUUGUACUCACAGUAAUACUGCUAAGUAGUUUGGCUUUGGCCUUAGAAGACAUAAACUUACCAUAUCGGCCGCUUCUUCGCGAAAUUCUUUUUUACAUGGAUAUUGUCUUCACCGUCAUCUUCGUUAUUGAGAUGUUGAUCAAAUGGCUCGCACUUGGUUUCAAAGAAUACUUCACCAGCGCUUGGUGUUGGCUAGACUUCAUUAUUGUUGUGUUAUCGCUCAUGAACCACGGCGCGGCGAUAGCGGGUGUAGGCGACAUCCCAUUGUUCCGCUCGAUGCGUACCUUAAGAGCUCUGCGUCCUCUCCGAGCAGUCUCCAGAUGGGAAGGCAUGCGUGUGGUAGUAUACGCUCUGGUGAAAGCCAUCCCUUCGAUGUUCAGCGUGUUGCUCGUGUGUCUCUUCUUCUGGCUUAUCUUCGCCAUCAUCGGAGUCCAGCUUUUCGCCGGAAAAUUCUACAAGUGCGUCGAUAUGAAUUACACGACAUUUAGUCAUGAAUUCAUACCAGAUAGAAAUGCUUGUGUAUCAGAAAACUACUUAUGGGAAAACUCACCGAUGAAUUUUGAUCACAUUGGUAAUGCGUAUUUAUCCCUCUUCCAAGUGAGUACCUUCAAAGGUUGGAUUCAGAUCAUGAACGACGCCAUCGACUCCAGAGAGGUGGGAAAACAGCCAAUAAGAGAGACUAACAUUUACAUGUAUCUCUACUUCGUAUUAUUUAUUAUCAUCGGCUCGUUUUUCACACGCGGUCUGUUGAUCAGUGUGAUUUUCAACAAAUUCAAAGAACAAAAACAAAAAGCCGGAGGUAGUCUUGAUAUGUUUAUGACUGAAGAUCAGAAGAAAUACUAUCACGCGAUGAAAAUGGGGUCGAAGUCUUUUAAAACUAUUCCAAGACCAAAGUGGCGACUACAAGCUAAAGUAUUCGACAUAGUAACUAAUAAGAAAUUCGACAUGACCAUCAUGAUAUUCAUCGGGUUAAACAUGAUUGUUCUGAUGUUUGAACACUACCAGCAGUCAGAGACGCUUAGCUUGAUCCUCGACAAUUUGAAUAUGAUAUUCAUCAUAAUAUUUACAAUCGAGUGCAUACUAAAAAUAUUUGCCUUACGGCAUCAUUAUUUCCUUGAUCGGUGGAAUUUGUUUGAUUUCGUCGUAGUGGUAACUUCUGUUCUCGGCUUGGUGUUGAGUGAUAUUAUAGAGAAAUAUUUUGUAUCACCAACUCUUUUGAGAAUAGUAAGACUAGCUAAAAUCGGUCGAGUACUUCGACUCGUUAAAAGUUCAAAGGGUAUCCGAACACUUUUACACACAUUAGCGAUGUCAAUGCCUGCCCUAUUCAACAUAUGUUUACUCCUGUUCCUGGUUAUGUUUAUCUACGCCAUAUUCGGCAUGUCUUUCUUCAUGCACGUGAAGAACCAGAGCGGAAUCGAUGACGUCUACAACUUCAAGACUUUCGGUCAAAGCAUGAUAAUGCUUUUCCAGAUAUCUACCACUGCGGGCUGGGAUGGUGUGUUACACGCAAUAACAAAUGAAGAAGACUGCGAAUUGCCAGAUAAGGAACGAGGCUCGCCAGGCAAUUGUGGUUCUGAAGCCAUUGGCAUUACUUACUUGGUUUCUUACAUCAUCCUAUCGUACUUUAUCUUCAUCAAUAUGUUUAUUGCCGUUAUUCUCGAUAAUUAUUCUCAGGCCACAGAAGAUGUGCAAGAAGGAUUAACCGAGGAUGAUUACGAUAUGUUCUGUGAAACUUGGCAACGAUUUAAUCCGGACGGCAGUCAGUACAUACGCUACGAUCAGCUCUCCGACCUCCUUGAUAUGCUCGAGCCUCCGUUACGAAUACCCAAGCCGAACAAAGAUAAAAUUGCAUCUUUGGGGAUCCCUAUAUGUAGGGGUGACAUGAUGUUCUGUUGCAAUAUCCUGGAAGCGCUCAUAAAGGACUUCUUCGCACGAAAGGGGACAAAGAUUGAGAUGCCAGGAGACGCAGAAGCAAAGCGACCUGACUUUGCCAGAUCAGUUUCUAAGUAUGUUGACGAAUAAGUAUAGCAUGAAGUAUAUGUUCUCCAUUAGAUGGAUAAACUAGAAACUAUAAAAGCUUAUUUAAUCAUCGAAACCAUAUUAAACAAAUAUAUUUGAAUAUCUCGCUUUCGAUCUUUUUGCUGCCACGUGAUCCGUCCGUGACCACUCCAUGCUAAUCCUUAGCAUGUAAUAAUGUAUAAUCCAUACUGCGUUAUUUGACUUCCAUAAUUAUGUUUUGUAAUCGAUCUAAUAUGUUGAAUGUAUAUGAUUUUCAUUAGAGCCAAUCACAUCACUGAAUAGCGAAUAUUAUAGUAUGUAAAUAAAUUAUUAUUAUCUAUUAAAGAAUAUUUUCUGCUUUA